UGUUGGUCAGACAUGUCUUCUCACAAACAAUUUUUUUUUGAAGAACCUGACUCAAAGAGCGACAUUACGCUGAUUGUGGAAAAUCGAAAGUUACAUCUCAACAAGGCGGUUUUAUCAUACGUGUCCCCGGUAUUUGACAGGAUGUUUCACGGAGACUUUGAGGAAAAAACAAAGAGCGAAAUUUCACUUCCUGGAAAGGAUUACGAGAAAUUCGUGAAAUUUUUACUGUGCGUGCAUCCAGCUACCUUGGCGGAAAUAACAAAACAGAAUAUCGACGACGUGUUGCCUCUUGCAGACGAAUAUCAGGUGGAACAACUCAAAGAAAACUGUGCGUCAUUUUUAGAACGACAGCUGGUACAGUGCUGUGACAAAACGAAGGUGAAUAACACUGACCUUAUUCAUUACAUGAUGUUGGCAGAUAACUUUAGUUUAAAACAACCACUGGAGACAUGUUUAGACAUUGCCGCAUUCCGACGAUACAGUAAUUUGGAAAAAAUCGAAGAAUUUAAACAAAUAAGUGACGCGACCAAAGUAAGUCUUCUUUCGAGACGUCUUUCGUUGAUCGAAACUCCAGCUAUGCUCAUGCACAAAGAUAUGACACAGCUGAAAUGUACACUGUCAUCAGCAGGUGAAUACUUGUCCUGUGUCGAGAAACGUGUAUAUGAUGGGUCUGUUGGUGGUUAA